GAACUUGUCGUUUCAGCGCAUCGGGUGAAUAAGGCUGCCCUGCGCGGCUGCGCCUAUUUUGCGCAUUUGUUUGUUUUCCGAUCAGGCACCGCGUGGGGCAGCUACUUGAGCCGCUGACAACUUUGCGCUGUUGAGUUGGCAUUUCUCUCGCGGGUGCCAGACUGCGCGGAGGGACGCUCGCUUUCUGGAGAAGAAGCAGGGAAAGAGGUACGGUAACAACAGUCUCGGUUGCGUCGAUCAACCCGUCCGCGCAAUCCCCCAGGCGCCAUCCUUUCUGGCCGUCCACUUUCAUGGAGGGGCAGAUCCUCUCGGAUGCGCCGCUUUUCCGCUGGUGUCUGAGGAUUCGGGCUGCUCCCGUUUGGGAGGGUGCAAAAUAACUGGUGUGUGAGCCGGGGGGGGGCAUCACUGGACUGCACCGUGAGAAAGCGAAUGGACAUUUGAAGAGGCUCAACACUUCAUCCAGAGUGAAAGGAAGAAAUGACGUUCAGAAAAGUAAACAUUUUCAUUUUGGUGCUUGCUGUUGUUAUAUUUUUGCUAGUGUUGCAUCACAACAUAUUGGGUCUCAGCGAUCUCUUGAAAAGGGAAUUAUCAGAUUCAAGUCCAUUAGGCCUCCAACCGAUAGAUUUUAUACCUGAGGCACCUCAAAGGUUAACAGAGGACUGGAAUGACAAGGAGAUUCCUGUGGUCAUUACAGCAUCUGAUGAUAGGCUUGGUGGGGUAAUUGCAGCUGUGAACAGUAUUCAGCAGAACACCAAGUCCAAUGUGGCCUUCCAUAUUGUCACCUUGAAUGACACAGUGGACCAUCUGAGAUCAUGGCUUAGUAAAACUAGUCUGAAAAAUGUGAAAUACCAAAUACUGGAUUUUGACCCUCGUAUGCUGGAUGGAAAAGUGCAGGUUAAGUCUGAAAUGCCAGACUCGAUUAAACCUCUAACCUUUGCAAGAUUCUAUCUGCCUAAUUGGGUCCCUAAUGCAGAAAAGGCCAUUUACUUGGAUGAUGAUGUGGUUGUUCAAGACGAUAUCUUUGAACUUUACAACACUCCACUGCAACAGGGUCAUGCAGCUGCAUUCUCAGAUGACUGCGACUCUACCUCAAAUAAGUUUGCAGUUCGUGGAGCAGGAAACCAGUACAAUUACAUUGGAUUUCUCGAUUAUAAAAAAGAAGCAAUUCGGAAGCUGUCCAUGAAAGCAAGUACCUGCUCUUUCAAUCCGGGCGUCUUUGUUGCAAAUCUAACUGAAUGGAAACGACAGAACAUCACUCAGCAACUGGAGAAAUGGAUGGCGCUUAAUGUUGUAGAGGAAAUAUACAGUCGGACUCUUGCAGGCAGUAUCACUACACCCCCUCUGCUCAUUGCAUUUUACAAGAGACAUUCAAACCUUGAUCCUAUGUGGAAUGUGCGCCACCUUGGUUCGAGUGCUGGCAAAAGAUACUCUCCACAGUUUGUGAAAGCUGCCAAACUACUCCAUUGGAAUGGACACUUCAAACCCUGGGGAAGGACCGCAUCCUACGCAGAUGUUUGGGAAAAAUGGUACAUUCCUGACCCUAGUGGCAAAUUCAACUUGAUUCGGAGGCACACUGACACUUACGAGGCAAAAUAAGAUGGAAGUGAUACACCCCAUAUUCUUCUCAGGAACCAGACGAGACCAUAGAGUGAAGUUGGUAAUGCUACGUCCAUUCGGAUUGUUUUAAAAUGGAGACACGCUUAAGUACUUGAAAUGCAUGCUUAAGAGAGGAAGCCUCUUUAAGCAGAGGAACCUCCACGAAACUAGCAUUUUCAACCAGAUGGGAUAUUAAAGAAUGACCUUCUAGGGAUAAAAUGUUUCAGAAGACACUGCACCCAAGACUUUAUCACAGCUGGUGCUGGGGGAGUGUCUCAUGUUGCACAGCAACUUGAUGUACUAAAAAGCUGCUACCACUUUUUACUGUUACUUAACCUGUGAAUAUAAGCUUUUUGGUGGAUCCCUCCUAUUGCUUGAAGAUCCAUUCAGAUUCUUACAGCUAAUUUGAAGUUUGAUUGUGGAUUAAAAAAAAAUCUGCGUUCCAAACACUAUUUUUAUAGUAAAGUUUCUUUUAAUAAAACUACCCAUCAACAGUAAA